UUUGCGGUUAUAUAAUCAGUUGAUCUAGCAGCACUAUGUAGAAGGAGACGUUGUUGGGAUCGUCGACAGCAAAUUACCAAGAAGUCGGCUAAAAGCUGGCACGAAAUACUUCCAGUGGGUGUAUUACUGGCGCGCAUCAAUUUAUUAAUCACGUGACAUUUAAAGCAUUCACGAACUUCUGUCGGAGAACGAGAGAGGACCGAGUAUAAAUUUGAGAUCUUAAUGUGACAGGCGCCCGUUUCGUCUUUUUUCGCCAUCCGUUGAAUUUCUUGUGUGAAGGCAAGGAUCUGCUGUUCAGUGAUCGCCUUUUGAUAAUCAUUAAUUAUCACACGUUGCUUGGCCGACUCAUACACCACGUCGCAUAUGCUCACUUGAUUCGAUGAGGGCAAUAGAUAGAACGGCGUCUUGCCCUCAGCUUCCUUUCGUAGAACUUCCUUUACAAGUACAGAGUCAGCAUCGCUCACAGUGGCGGUUGACAACUGUUUGACCUCUGCUGCCACACUAAAUUACCAUAAAAUAACGAGAAAAUCUGCUCUAAAUGAAGGAACCCUAUAA